CCUCAAUCCUCAUUAUCUAGGCCUUGAAUAGUGCCAUCAAAAGCUUUCAAAGCACUCUUUUCCACAACCAAACAAAGGCCUCUUAUAAAAGCCUUUUUAACACCUCCAAACCCUGCAAAGUCAGCAACCAGGCCGCACCAUUUCUCCUCUCUGUACUCUCUCAAGCCCUCUGCUCUUGUUCUCACUGUCAGCCAUGUUUGGUUCCACAAUUGAGUUGAUCACUCUGGCUGCUUCCAAUUCUCUUGUUGUCUUCUGUUUCUGCAAUCUGAUCAUUGUCGUUUUGCUCGUCGGGUCGAAACCGGCACCGGGGUUUGGUCAGAACAGCCCCAGUCCCAGUCUCAGUCCUCCUCCAGCAGCUGCCCAGGGAACCAGAAAUGACAUUGAAAAUGAAAGAGCAAGCACUACAUGUUCAUUGGAGAACAACAACGUGUCGGCAGAAGAGAAGGCUGGUGGAGUUGAUGAUGAAGAAAAAGAGGAUGAAAAUGGAGAUGAUGGGGAGAAAGAGAGUGAAAAUGAAGAAGAUGACGAUGAGCUGAGGAGAAGAGUAGAGGAAUUCAUUGAUAAGAUCAAUAGAGGCUGGAAGGAAGAAAAGUUGAGCACAUCUGUGUUAGUCUAAAGAAGUCACGCUUUGCAGGAUCUUGUAAAUGAGGUUCUCUCUUGUUCCUAACCCUGAAAACUGGGCUUAAUUUCGACCAUCUUUCUGUAAAAAUAGGGAGUCUGAGGUCCAAAUAAUUAGGGGAAUCAAAAUCUUCAUUCUUUUCUAAGCUUCUUGUCCUCCACUUUUAUCUUCCAUGGAGAGUGAAGGGAUUUCUACCUUAGAACAUUGCUAAUUCAGGAAAUUUGAGUUACAGGCCUUCAGCCCUGUUAAGCUCUAACCUUUCUUGUUAAGUUCAUGAUGGUACUGCAAUUUGGUGGAUGGAGCAAGAGGUGGGAGAAGAAAUGAAAGUCUAAGCGUAUGUGUUUUGGGUCAUUUAUACAUAUGAUAUGAUUUAUUUUUUA